AUGGCAUCAGAGGUUGAGGGCAUUCAACCAGCACCGAUAGCGCCAGGCGACCACGAGGGGUACCUCCAAUAUGCGCUCUCGCUGGCGAAACAGUCACCACCAAAGCCGACAAAUUACAGAGUCGGAGCGGCCCUCGUCAACCCCGCCACCAACACAGUCAUCUCGACGGGCUACACCUUGGAGCUGCCAGGUAACACGCACGCCGAGCAGUGCUGCUUCAUGAAGCUGGCCCAACAGCACGACGUUACCGAGGAGGAGCUGGGCUCCGUCAUCAAGACGCCGCUUGUGCUCUACACGACCAUGGAACCGUGCUCGACGAGGCUCAGUGGGAAUCUGCCCUGUACCAAGAGGAUUCUCCAGCUGCGGUCUUUUAUCAAGACCGUGUACGUAGGUGUCCAGGAGCCGGAAAAGUUCGUCAAGGAUAAUACCGGACGGAGCGCGCUCGAGAGGGCGGGUGUCGAUUUCGUGCACAUCAAGGGGCUCGAAGGCGAUAUUCUCAAGGUGGCUACGGCGGGCCAUGUCAAGCCUGCCCAAUAG